AUGGAAAUGAAAUCAGAAAGCAAAAGCUGCAAGGAAAAAGACGAGGGUUUAGGGUGCGCAAAAUCCUUACCAGUGCCACGUGUGCAAGAGAUAGUGAAGAAUGAUGCUCACAAUGUUCCUCACAGAUACAUAAGAGACCAAGAAGAGAGACCAGUUUUGGAUCAACUUCUUCCAAUUUCUUCUGAAAUUCCUGUUUUAGAUUUCUCAUUGCUGGCCAAAAGAGAUCAACAUGAACAAAAGAAGCUCGAUUCUGCCUGCAAGGAAUGGGGUUUCUUCCAGAUAAUAAACCAUGGGGUGGGAGAAGAUUUAAUGCAGAAGAUGAAGAAAGCAGGGAGAGGAUUCUUUGAUCUGGGAAUGGAGGAAAAGCAGAAAUGUUCAAUGGCAGAAAAUGACAUCCAAGGAUACGGACAGGCCUUUGUAGUGUCAGAAGAUCAGAAAUUGGACUGGUCUGACAUUAUGAUCCUCAUGACCAACCCUCCUCAAUAUAGAAAUCUCAAGUACUGGCCACUUACAGUAAUAGGUUUCAAUGUUGAUGGGAAUGGAAGAGGAAGAUCUAAAAGAGUUGCCCCAAGUGGUAAAACUAGGAGUGCGUAUGAACUACUAUCCACCAUGUCCCAACCUGAUCUUGUUCUUGGUAUCAGUCCCCAUUCUGAUAGUGGCACCAUAACCAUUCUUCUGCAAGAUGAUCACAUCACUGCUCUUCGGAUUCAUCACCAUGGCCAUUGGAUUCCUGUCAAACCUCUUCCUGGUGCUUUUUUUGUUAAUGUUGGUGAUACUCUUGAGGUUUGGAGCAAUGGGAGGUACAAGAGCGUUCAGCACAGAGCAGUGACAAAUGAAAGCAGAGCAAGAAUUUCGAUAGCUAUGUUGGUGAGUCCACAUGAUGAAGCAGAAAUGGGUCCAGCGGAGCCAAUGUUGCGCAAUAGUCCUGCCAU